UUCAAUUAAUGGUCGACUCGUCUCGAUGUUGUCAAAGGAUCGUAUGUGUCGGCAUCGUGGAGUGCAAUUUUUAGGCAAUUUUUAUCUCCUUCUAUUCUCGUUAUAAAUGGUAAUUGCUGUGUCCACAUGGCUUCAGUACACUUUGUUGUACACCCACUUCCUGGAACAGAGGAUGAACUAAACGAUAGGUUAAGGGAACUUGCAGAGAAAAUCCGGAGACAGCCUGCAGCUAGCAUUACUGGUGUACCUCCUUUGAAGCACGAGGUCGUCAACUUGGUGGUGGUUGGACCACACCAUGCAGCCUUUCUGCUUGAGGAUGGUCGAAUCUGCCGCCUGCACUUUCACAUCAACCCAGAUAAGAUUGAAACGGGUAAAGCAGAGCCAACCAAAAGUUCAAAGGCUAAGACAGCAACCUCCUCAACCACACGCAACCUCUCAUCAACAAGUCGAACCUCGACCAACCCCUGGCUGUUGAGCUCAGGGGAACAGCCCUCAAGUUCCUCUAAUACCGCGAAAUGGAUAACAAGCAGCCGUACCACGACCAGUCGAAGCACAACAAAUGCAGCGUCCACUGCCUCAGCCACCUCUCGCAACCGUGGCCGCUUUAUCCGCACGCAGUCCCGGGGUCGAGGGGGUGUCAUUGUAGGGUCGCGACCUGUGGUCCCAGCAGCCGUGGUACCCGAGGAGCUGGUGUCCCAAGCCCAGAUGGUCCUGCAGGGGAAAAGCCGGGGCGUGAUUAUCAGGGAGCUUCAGCGCACAAAUCUGGAUGUAAACCUAGCUGUGAAUAACCUCUUAAGUCGCGAUGAUGAGGAUGGGGAUGACCAAGAAGAAGGAGACAGUUACAUCUCAGGAGGAGAUGACUUGAUGUCUCUUCUGGAUGGUGGUAUCCAUUCUGAUCAUCCCAGUGUCAUCAUCGAUGCCGAUGCCAUGUUCUCAGAAGACUUCCUUGGUCUUCACUCGUCCCGAGCCCGGUCCAGAGCGUCGUCCAGCAGAGACCGUGAUAGAGAUGCCAGCGAGCGGGACCCACUGUUGCGAGCCAGGGACCGGCGUUGGCUGGACAGUGCCCUACGAGAUGCAGCCAGCAGCGCGGGCAGUUACAAGUCCAGCACGGUGGACCCUACGGUUGGCCAGGAGCCCAAAAAGGGGGCACCAGUCCAACACAGCCAGAGCCCGUUGUCGGUCAGCGAUGAUCUGGAAUGGUGGCCUGAGAAGGGGGGAGAUGGAUGUCGGUUCACCCACAUUGCCGCCAUGUACAGCGAACUCCUUGCAGUGGGUGUAAAUGGCCAACUGUAUCAGUGGAAAUGGAAUGACCCAGAGCCAUAUAGGAAGCCAGAGAAUUUGAACCUUCAGCACCCCAAGGCGGCAACUCUUGGCUUGCUAGGGGAAAAGGUUGUCCAGAUCACUGCUUGCUAUGAGAAAGCUGUCCUAGUCACUGAAUCGGGGAAGAUUGCCACUCUGUUGGAUGAGACGCUGUCUCCGAUCGCCUCACGCCUGGAGCAUGCUGCUACCUACUUCAACGAGUUCCAGGGCGAGAGAAUCCAUUCUGUCUACACCUGCCCUCUCUACACCUGUGCCUGGCUGGACAAUGGCACCCUCUUCUGGUGGGGAGUUCUACCCCUCUCGGUCAGGAAGAAAGUCCUAGAGAGAGCAAGGGAGAGAGCACGGGCUAAGAAACGAGAGGCUAGCAACCCCGGUAGCAUCACUGUAGGAACACAGGUGUGCCUUCGCAGCUGCCCCAUGUACCAUGCAGGCGCCCUGGCCUUCAACACUAAAAGCUACCCCCCUAAAGUGGGCCAGCUCCUGGACACCGCCUGGAACCUCUCCGACACCUGCCGCUUCCGCAUCCGCCACAACUCACUGGAACGCUCGGACCAGAAGACAACCUCAGAUGCCAAAGAGGAUGGCAAAGGGGGCGAUGGCAAGGGCGACAGUAAGGGCGACGGGCGGGGGGAGAGUAAAGUGGAGGUCAAGGGUGACAUGGGACCACCCCCGUCCCCAGGCUCCACUAGCAGCGGGGAGAUCAUCGUGGUAUCCAGUCCGGCAGCACAGAGACGUGGGACAAAGCGUCCUCUGUCAUCUCCAGUGAGAGAAGUUGAGAAGCCAGACAUUGAGGUGUGGGCGUUGACUGACGUUGUCUUUGUGGAAGACAUACGCUCCGUUCCCAUUGGCCGUGUUCUGAAAGUUGACGGAGCUUAUGUGGCUGUGAAGUUUCCCUCCUUGGAACCGGUUCCUGAUGCUACCAAUGACUGUGAUGUACCCUCUCUACUCCAAGACUGUCGCCUUCUACGCAAAGAUGAACUCCAAAUCGUGAAGGGUGGCGCGGCACCAAAAGUCCCCGACUGUUUCCAGCGCCUACCCAAGAAGCUGUCUUUGCCAGAAAGUGGAAAACUCUUAGCCAUCUCCGUUGACUUUCAAGGAGUGCACGUCUUGGUCAACGUCCGGUCCAAUCUCCUCUACCUGCUCUAUGAGCUGAUGUCCAGCCGACCCAGCCAAGAGAGCCCCUUCCCUACCAAGACACGCUCCUUUCUGGGCAAGUCUCCAGAGCUAAUCCGCAUCCACACGGGACGUGAGGAUUCAGUCACCAUCCUGCAAGAUGGCAACGGUGCCCUCUAUCCCCUUGCCAAGAACGCCGUUAGUGGGAUCCGCGAUCCCAUCUGGUUUGAUCUACCACCGGCACGAUGCCUAGCCCUAGGCACCCACUCCCUAGGACAUGGUUUAUUUGGCACUAACGUCAAGACCAAAGCUGCUGUACUGGUCCUAGCUGUAGAGACCCAGGGCCUGAUGCCACAUAUACUGAGAUGCGACUACGAAGCAGUGUCACACUUUCUGAGCAACCUGGAGCUGGAGACCAAUGCAGUUGUCAAGGAGCAGAAGUUGAAGGUCGUUCUAGCAGAGCGUUGUGAUGGCAACCGUAACAUCUUCCACGCCUGCAUCAGCAACUGCGUCCCUAUCUCCAACACAGAAACCCCAGUCACAGACGCACCACCAACUUCAGCUGAGUCUUUGACAAGUAGGGCACAGAUUAUUCGUAAUGCUCUGCACACUUUGAAUAACGCCAUUGCUGGGGCUGCCAUGGCCAACUCGAGCUCUGCAGCAUCAAGGAGCAUCAACUUAAGAGAGCUGAUGGGCCGUGCAGCCAGUGCUGCCCGCACAGCCCGGGUAGCAAGUAGCGGGCUAGCGGCGGAGGACUUGAGAGAUUCCUCUCCUCCUCCAACCCCUGGCAGUGCUAUCCCGACUUUGAGCUGGCCCCCGGAACCCUCUGGCCUCUAUGGAGAUCAAGAGGAAGACAACCUGAGCCUUGGCACCAGCGCCGCGGCAACGGCAGGCUCCACAAGCUCCCUGGCUAGCAACGCAUCCUCCCUGGCCGCCUCCUUGCCCAUCCCUCCCGCUUACCCAACGGCGGCCCGCCUCACCCCUGAGGAGAGGAAGAGGAACGCCCACAGCAUCCUGAGGCUGCUCUGCUGUACCCCGGCACUUGUGCCUUGCAUCGUGGACUUGCUGUCGGCAGAGGAUGCCCGCGGUGACACCCCUUUCAUGGCAGCAGUUGCCUGCCAAGCCUACUCAGCUGCCCUCUCUAUCUUGGAUGCCAUGGAGGAGAUCACCCACAAGCCCCGUAGUGCUACCGCUGCAACCCCUACCCCCGCGCCCACCACCGCUAAGCCUGGCAGCACAGCCCCAUGUCCUUCCAAACAGCCAACCAAGCCCAAGGCUAGCGGGGCCAGCAGCUCUGGUCCAGCUGUGGUAGAGGAGUUUAAUCAAGCUGUGUUUGAUCGGAUGUUUUACCCUCCGGGCAGCGAUCCAGACUCGUCGCCGCUCUACGUGCUCUGUUGUAACGACACGUGUAGCUUCACCUGGACUGGCACCGAGCACAUCAACCAGGAUAUCUUUGAGUGCAGGACAUGUGGUCUGACUGAUACCCUGUGUUGCUGUACUGAAUGCGCACGGGUUUGCCAUAAGGGACAUGAUUGCAAACUCAAGCGGACGUCUCCAACAGCCUAUUGUGACUGCUGGGAAAAGAGCGAAUGCAAAUCGUUGAUUGCUGGCCACCUGCAGAAGCGCACGGAGCUGCUGUUUCGCCUAGUCAACGACACCCACCUGGUUACCGUGCCUAACAGCAGAGGAGAGAACAUUCUGCUCUUUCUUGUGCAGUGCGUUGCUAGGCAGACUGCGGAACAGCGCCAAUAUGGUCAGUCUAGGAACAGCAGACUGCCCAGAAAAAACAAUGACUCAGACGUGGAAAUGCCAGACCACAACUUGGAGCCGCCACGCUUCUGUCGACAGGCUCUGGAACACAUCUUGCAGAAUUGGCAGGCCAUCCGUUCCAUGAUCAGAAGUGGCUGCACCAGCGAUCUCAGUGUGAGCUGUGCACCAGACUGCAGCAACCAGCCCCACACACCAAUGGCAGAAGAGGAAGUCUACUUGAACAGCCAAUCUGAGACCAUGCGAUUGGACUGGUUCACCCACACCCUCAUCGUCAAAUGCACCAGUGCAGAUUUGGACACACUUCUGACUACCUUGAUCAAGAAGCUGACGACCACCUCCAACGCAGCUCAGAAGUCAGAGGUUGCGGAUGUGGUGCGGCGAUUUGUGCGAUCUGUGGCCCGUGUCUUUGUUGUGUUGACUGUUGAAAUGGCUCCUGGAAAGAAAAGCUCGGAGGCAGUGUUGCGCUGCAAGCGCGUCUUCCAAGCCCUCAUCCACCAGUCAGUCGGGGAGCUCUGUGAGAUUGCGGAGUCCCUCAUCGCACCAGUCCGCAUGGGCAUCACGCGGCCCACUGCCCCCUUUGCACUCUUCAGUAGUCACGCUGAUGCCGUACAGGGAAGCGAGGAACUAUUCUUUGCAGAGCCCCUGCCCCGUCAGAACAGCUCGCGGUCAGAGGCGAUGAGCAGCAUAGGCACCCGUCCUGUUGGUAGCCUGCAUCAUCGCCGCUCUGUCACCAGCCGACUUGGAGACGAUGAAGAAGAACCGGAUAUUGGGGCUGAUGGCAUGGAGGUCGAUGCAGUGGAGGGAGAAGCCCUGGAUGUUCCCCGUGAUUCUCAUCAUCGAGACCCUGUAGAGGGCGACGGUAACCCUGAAGGGGAACACAGAGACGACCAGAACGAAGAUGACGGCAAUGACAGUGACAUGGACCUGGAUCUUCUAGCUGAGAGUGACAGUGACAGUGACAGUAACCAUAGCAACCAAGACCAGGACAAUGCCAGCCAAGACCAAGAUGCAACUAGUGGUCGUCGCAGCACGGUGACAGCAGCCACGGCUGGCUCUGAUGCGGGUGGCGGGUCGGUGGCUGUGUUCUACUCAGAAGACGAGUCCUCCUCAAACCUGGAUGAUGCAGAGGGUGAAGAUGAUGAUGACAGCGAGAACGAGAUUGAAGAGGAGGAAGAGAUGGAAGACCCCUCAUCUUUUGGAACGGACACCCUGGACAGGCCGGGUACUAGCAGCAGACAGGGUGGGUCCCGGACAGCCCAGCCCCAGCACCCAAUGCAGUGGGCCUUCCGGCACCAGACUUCUAGGAGCAGUGACACCAAUACGACCACACCCGCUACGUCCUCCAGUAACCGGGGUCUGAUCUACAUUGAUGCCUCCAGUCAGCGCCGCAUGGCCAUCAAUGCAGCCAGUGCCCUGGCCAAUAGCAACAGUGUUACAUCCAGUAACGAGACAGCGCCUUCUACCACAGCCAGCCGUUUGGCCAGGGCCUACGGGAUCGUGGUGCGUCAGAUUACCGAACUCCUGGCAAUGCUGAUGAUCUACCACGGUCCAGAAAGCUUGCGGGAGAGCGUGGAAGUCUCAGCCGAAGAAGCAAGUGAUUUACAAUCGGUUGUGGAAAACUGCCUAAAGCCAACCUGGGAUUGGCUCUUUUGCAUCAUGAACAGCACAGAAGCACAGCUUCGUUAUGGCAAGGCUUUGACAGCAGCCACUGACCCUGCCCAUCCGACUCACCCUAACCACUCCCAGUAUAUGCGCGGCCUGCGAGGUGCCGCCCGUGAAGCAGCAGCCCGUGACCAGUCGUUCCAGCGUAGCCUGGAGAACCGCCGCAACGCUGCCACUUCGCACUCUGCAAGCAACAGCGAGGAGCAUGUAGCCCUCAUGGACUUCCUCAACUACACCCUCUCGCUGAUGCGCUCCCACAACAGCGAGCAUGCCAGCUGGCUGCCUGUCCUCGACAUGUCUGCCCUCAAGCACGUCGCUUACGUCCUGGAUGCCAUGAUUUACUACAUGCGCUGCACCGAGCAGGACGGUGCAGCUGCAGGGAUAGCAGCAACUGACCAAGAUCGCAUCCGACGAUCCUCCUGGAACCUAGUUUCUCAGGAGUAUGAAAUAGAGGAGGCAGCUGACGAAGAAGGCACUGAUGCCAGCGUGGUGUUGGACACAGAGAGUGUGGAGGAAGACAGCAGCGUCACUGGCUCCACCUCUGGGCAGAGACAUCCCUUCUUUGUCCGUUCCGACUCAACCACCUUCCUAGGAUGCCAACCACCAGAUCCCUUCAGCACACCGCUCUCGGAAGCCUUGCCGCUAGCUGACAGGCCGCAGCUGCUUCAGCCUGACGCCACCCGGGAACAGCUGUUUGGCGUCCCGCAUCAGGUUGUUGGUGGAGGGUCCUCAGACCCCCCGACUGUGGCCUCCCACAGUGCGUCAGUUACUGUCGAGCGACAGUUCCUAGAAGUCAUUCCAAUGAGGAUGAGCGUCUCGCAGCGCAAUCCGCACAUGAGCAGCGAUCUGGAUGACGCUGAAGAUGAGAUUGAUGCUGAUGGGAUGCAUCCUGCGCAAGAGGGAGAGACCUUGGUUGCUGGGGAACCUCAGCGGAUGUCAGAUGUAACAAAUGGGAAUGAACUUGGAACAAGAUCAGAACCCUCCAGUGAUCCAUCAGGUGCCAGCUUAGCUAGUCUGUCCACUGUUCUCAUGAGCCAGAGUCAGGGAGUUGCCAGUCAUCAGACCCUCUCUUCCCAGGGCACCUCUAGUGACCCCAGCACCUCCGGCCGCAGCCUCUCACUGGGCUCUAGCGGGCCUUCCCUUGAUCCCCGAGCAGAGAGAGACCUCCGCUGUGGUGUCAUCAGGGCUGGGUCCUUCCCUGAUCCUCCAUUCUUUCCAGACAUCCUCGGCGGGUCAUUGCAAACCCCACCUACUGCCAGUUCCGUGUCAUCAGAUAACCGGGAGCUGUUGAAUGCUAUAGCCACCAUAUCACCCCAGGAGGUGUCAGUCAUCCGGACGACGGGGCUGGCUCAGCGACCGCCUUCAUAUGAAGAGGUUGCCCAUGGAGGCAGAUUGGUUGAGGAGCUAGCUGGACCGAACCAGGGACCAAGACCUCAGGAAAUGAGUACGCUUGCAGACCCUGCCCAACUUCUUGCCGGACCAUCAGCACUCAGCCCCAUUGAUGUCAGACUAGAUGCUGCGGGUGGAGUACCACCCACGCCUAAUUUGCCCCCUCCCAUGCAGAGCCCCCUUACCAGGGGCGGGGCCCUUGCAGCAGAUGACCGCCCUUCCCGAUCAGUGAAGCCCAAGGACGUUCGCAGCAGUGGGAUUAAUGCAGAGGCAGGAUUAGCGAUGGGUCCAGGACCUAGCAACUCGUCUGGUGUAGACUUGGGAGGUCUGCUUACUGUUGGGCCAGGGAGACCUGACAGAUUUAAGAGUACCCUCAGCCCCCUGGUCUCAGUGGACAACCUUCUCGGGCGAUGGCGUCUAUGUCUGGAGCUUUUCGGCCGCGUAUUCCUGGAGGACGUAGGGGCAGAGCCAGGCUCAGUACUGGGGGAAUUACGCCCCUUUGAGGUCAAAGAGCUGCGCUUCCGUCGUGAAAUGGAGAAGCUACGCAACAACAGAAACGGAGACCUGACUCUAGAAGUGGAGCGCAAACGUGAACUCCUGAUCCAGCAGACCGUCCGUCAGCUCAACUCCUUCUACAACCGUCGCAGCAGUGCCUCCACAGGGCCACCCAUGGCCGUUCAGCGGGUCAAGGUCACCUUCAAGGACGAGCCGGGGGAGGGCAGCGGGGUGGCACGGAGCUUCUACACGGCCAUCGCUGAGGCCUUCAUGUCUGGGGAGAAGCUGCCCAGCUUGGAUGAGCCCCAGGGAAGCUACAAAGGGCCCCAGUACAGGCUCAUACAACGGCUCCGAAGUCAGGAACGGGAGCGUGAACGUCGCCGCCAGUCGGACUAUCGCAGCGGUCGCAUGAUCCAGAUGUUUGAGCGUGAGCGGAAUCAGCUGUCAUACGACGCCCGUCCCUUCUACCCGCAGGACGGUGGUAGCGCAGAGGAACGGGUCGGUGACUAUGAGCCUCUGACUCCGGCCAAGCAAGCGCUGGGAGAGAGGUUGUUCCCCAGGGUUCUGGCCUUGCAGCCGUCAUUGGCAAGUAAGAUCACCGGCAUGUUGCUUGAGUUGCCCCCGGCUAGGUUGCUUCUGUUGCUGUCCAGUGAGGAGACGCUAAGAGAAAGAGUGGAUGAAGCCGUGGACAUCAUCCUUGGCCAUGGAAGGGAAGAGAGCUCAGAGAGCAGCUUGCUCGAUCUGGACAUCUUCAGUCUCUCGGACCGUGGAAGCUCAGGACCCUCCUCUGGCCCCACCCACCAGGACAAGCCCAAGGCGGGCUCGGGUGGGGAGGGGCCACGCCCGGAUGAAUCGGAAGACGGGGAGGAAGGGACAGAACUCGACAACGAGCCGUUGUUUUACCAGCCGGGGAAGAGAGGAUUCUACUCACCCCGGCCGGGCAAGAACAGCACUGAGCGCCUCAACUGCUUCAGGAACGUAGGCAGGAUUCUAGGCCUGUGCCUCCUACAGAAUGAACUUUGCCCUCUGACCUUGAGUCGACACGUUGUCAAAGUGCUGCUUGGCAGAAAGGUCGGCUGGCAUGAUCUAGCCUUCCUGGACCCAGCUCUCUAUGAGAGCCUGCGACACCUUCUUCAAGAUGCACAGCGGGACGGAGCCGAGGGGCUGAUCAGUUCCCUGGACCUCUACUUCAGCAUUGAGCUGUGCAAGGAAGAAGGGGGAAGCACCGGCAGUGGGGGUCAGGUGGAGCUGAUCCCCCACGGCAUGGAGACUCGUGUCACGGUGGCCAACGUCUACGACUACGUGCGGCGUUACGCCGAGUAUCGGAUGACAACGGUUGCCCAGAAAGCCCAUGCGUCUAUGAAGCAAGGCUUGUACGACGUCCUUCCCAAGGGAGCCUUAGAGGGUUUGACGGCUGAAGACUUUCGUCUGUUAGUCAAUGGCUGUGGCCAGGUCAACGUACAAACCCUGAUGAGCUACACAACGUUCAACGAUGAAACAGGAGAGACUCAUGCGGGUGAGGGUGGGGAAAAACUGAGCCGUUUUAAGCUGUGGUUCUGGGCCAUCGUAGAGAAAAUGAGCAACCAGCAGAGACAAGAUCUGGUCUAUUUCUGGACCUCCAGUCCCAACCUACCGGCCAGCGAGGAAGGGUUCCAGCCGAUGCCGACCAUCACCGUCCGGCCACCGGACGACAAUCAUCUGCCCACAGCUAACACCUGCAUCUCCCGCCUCUACAUCCCACUCUACAGCUCCAAGGCCAUCCUGAAGAAGAAACUUCUCAUGGCAAUCAAGACCAAAGCAUUUGGCUUUGUGUAAUUCCUUGUUAGUUAAGAAAAAGAGUAGUGUAUGCAGUAUUUAGAUGUCUAAGUAGGUUUAUCUGUCAAUGAAUCUUUCUCUAGAGGGACUAGUUGGUCCUUUUUGUUCCUGACAUCAUGCUUGUGGCUUCUCGGGUGCUCCGUGUGACCUUCGGCUGGAGACAUAAAACUAGCAUUUACUCACAGCCCACUUUGAUGGUUCUGUUGGCUGUUGCUUCGCUUAAGUGCCUUCAAAGGCUUUAAAACUCUGCUAGAAAUUUCUUGUCAAACUUCCUUUAGGGGGCCCCAAGGAUCCUGGAAAAUUAGCCAUACAGAGGAAGUCAUCUGACAUACGUUAACAAAAAUUUGAGGGGGAUCCCAGGUAAGAAUUAAUUUUGUACGAGUUCAUUGGUUAGAUUGUCUGUCAAUCAAGAUCUUUGACAAGUGAUUGCUGAAAAUGAUUUGUGGAGAAUUUUUGUUUGAGUUUCAUGUCCAGGCUGCCUCCAUAUUUAUUUAUAACAGGUUAAUUUGCUUCAUGAAUUCAAAGAUUGAAAGAUUAGUUGUGAAGGAUUCCCUUUCAGGAAGGAUUUGGGUUAUUAGGGAAAUAUGUAUUGUUUCAAAGAAAUCUCCCAGUUGCGGUGAAGAAACAAAUUUAUGUUUCCUUGUAGCCUUUGAGCUUAGAGUGGUGCUGCUCAAGUAUUAAGAGGUAAACCACUAUUCAGCAUGUGGUUUCUUAUGGGCUCUAGAUUUGAUAUCUUGAAAUUUUAGCUGUGAUAUUUUUUAAUGGGCAUUUCAAGAGAGGAACCUUCACCAGUAAUUCCAUUUAUCAAAGCACGUUUGUUCCUUUGAGUGUGAAGGGUCUGCUCAUAGCAUACUACGAAGUAAUUUUACUUGUCACCCUCCACAAUGGCUCAGUAACUUGAAAUCCUCUUGUUUUUUUAACUCAGGAGAAUAAGACGCUUUCUCCCUUUUGACAAAUUACUGGGUUUUUUUUCCCAACAAAUGUGGGCAGGGCUGCAUUCCAGGAGUUCAGAAGAGUUUAGUACAUGUUGAAUUAUUCAGAUGUUUCAAACAAAUAUGUGGUACCGUAUUAGUAUGGAGUAUUGCCAGCACAUUGCUAGCACAUUAUACCCGCCUCCAUCCCAUUCUGUCCCCGCCCCUUGUAUUUCAGCGACCUCCGACCUUGCCAAUGUACACUUGCACACUCUGUACAAAUGCAGGAGCAUUGAAAAUGACACAUGUACAUACACCUACAAGUAUACAGCAGUGUGCAAAAUCAUUGAAACACGGUAUAUUUUAGGGUACAGUGUACAUUGAAAUGUAUUUUAGUUCCCUGUGAUGAAAUGGCAAUCAAUACAGUAUGUUUAUCCAUGAAAUGUUUUUAUUUUCAGCAUUAGUGCUUGAAGACGUGCAAAAUUAUCCAAACACUCAACACUCUGCGUAUGCAUACUCGCCGUUUGGUUCCAAACUGUUCCAACUUAGAUUCAUUAAUUUAUAGGACUUUAGACCAAUACAUGUACUCCUUUGUCCAGUACUUGUGUUUCUUUGCUUCACGCUGUUGUUCUCCCACAAUGAUGGCUUCUUACAUGUAGCUGCUACUCUGUCUACAAGUCCUUGUUUUAUCAACCACCAAAGCACAGUUGAUGAAGAAACUGUAACCCCAUCUGUUAGCAUGCUGUUGGUGUCAUCUUGAAGCUCCCUUGAGCUUCUCCUCCGGUCUCCAAGACUUACAGUAUUAUGUCUCUCUGAUGUUGCUUCUUCCAUCCUUUCCCCUCGUGGUGUUGGCAUGAAUUGUGCCCAGACACCUGUCCAAAGUGUGUUGUACAGAGCUUGGGGCUGCAAUUUAGGUCUGUGGUGAUUGAUCGGUAGCUCCAUCCAGCAUCAGAGAGGGCCUUUAUUUAUGCCCUUUGCUCAGUUGUAAGUUCCUUCUUUGCCCUGUUCACACGUAGGCUCACCCAGCACCAUCUGUGUAUCCCCAUUAACCCUAACACUCCUCAGUCCUCCAAUAGUUGAAGGAUUGGGGAGUGUUAGGGUUAUUUUAGUUAAUACAUGGGAUAGUAUGGGCCAUGACAGGGGAAGCCAAUAAUCUGGUCCUGUCUCCUGUGACUACGGCUUCGAAUUUGUAUCAAAAGAGGCAGUGGUGCAGAGCCGUAGCCAGUGUUUUAUUCUGUGCAUGCCAUAGUCUCACAUGGAGACGCUGCACUGUGUCUUGCCAACAUAGAGUGCAACAUAAACCGUUGAAAACAUUUCUUGUAGGGGUUUUCCUGAAGGACCCCAUAUGUAUAUUCGCAGUGGACGUUAGUAAUGACACACGAUAAAGCCAAAAGUGCAAAAGUUUCUUUUUUAAGAGAUAUUGAGCCAUUUCAUUCAACAUUGUCAUUAGAAGCGAGUAUCAAUCCUUGACAUAUAAACUGAUUUUUAUCAACACCAUUAAACCCUACUAAAUUCUUCACCAUUCAAAUAUCAACUGGGCUUUCGGUUAUAGGCAAUGAAUUGCUGAAAGAAAACAAUUUACAGCAAACCAGAUUUUUAAGUCUGUGAAUCUGGCUUUAAAAACUUUUGCAAGCUAAUGACCACCAGGAUGGCCUUCAGUUCAACGCUGGCUUCAUAUUUAUGUGUUUCACAUUCUGGUGAAAAGCCUGGUUGCAAGAAUACCACGAUUUUUUUACACACACAGAAGUAAACGAAUUUUCACUGCUCGAAAAAGGCUACUGCAUAAUUGUUUGAUUACAUAAGAUCAAUGACUAACAGAAUAAUCCAUCAGACGUCUCGUUUCCAUCACUAAAGCUCACUGGCGUUCCAGUGUGAGACCCUGAACAAUGAGCUAUUUAAGCCGAGGAAGGAAAGGUGAUCUGUGCUCUGGGUUAGUCUGGACGCCUUUAUGUACCCUUUCCGCUAAAUAGGGGCUUUUCAUAAUUAGGUUCAACAUUUUAUGCAUAUGUUAUCGACAGAAGGUUGUUGGUGCUGAUGACCACCAAAGCUUGCCAGCCAGUCUCCCGUUGACGGAUGGAGCAUACUGUCCCAAAUGUGAAGUACCCUCUGGUUCUUAUCAGAACCACAUGUACAUGGACUCACAACAGGGAUAUUUUGAAAGGUGCUACUACAGACCUAUUACCUUUACCAGCCACCUUCUCCAUAAAGAACUUGAAAUCUCAAUUAAUGCAUGGAAAGAGCAUUGCAAUUGAAUUGGACAAAAAACAAACUGCAGAAUAAUGGCCAAGAGGUAAACGAAUAGCUGGUUACUAGAGUUGUCUGGAUAGUCCAUCCUUGAAUUUGAAAACACUAGUUUAUUUCACCACAAGCCACUUCAGUCUCAAAUGUGCAAAGUGUUCAAAUAAUUUAUACCAUAUGUACAGUAGAACAGUGUUAGAACAAAGUCCUUGUGACUUUACAAAUUUCCUUGUUACAGUAGUUACCUUGCAUUAUCAGUCAUGAAAAACAAAGGCUUGGGACCUAAAAUUGUCCUUGUUAUAAGACCUUGUAUUAACAGAGCUCUUCUUAUCUGUGUUUGACCGUAUGCAAAAAAAAUUCACAGGUAUAUUGAUUGAUAUUUCAUCACAAGUAACAUAAGCUCCCAAUGCCAGGUGUUCAAAUAAUUUUUGCAUACCACUGUGUAUUACCUGCAAUUUUAAAUUACCCACCUGCAUGUACAUGUAAACCGCAAAGUUUAAAAUAAUGUACAAGAAACAUAAAUCUGCAAUUUAUGGAACAAAAUAACGCUCUAGAAAUAGUGGUUCUUCCUGUACAAAAUACAAAUUCAAGCAAGCUGGGACAUUUCCUGUAGGCAGUCCGUAAUUAUAUCUGAUGUGGGACAUGUAUGAGAAAUAAAGAACACCAAAAGAUGUGUACAAA